AUGGGAAGGGGUGAUUUCGUGGCAGUUGACAACCUUCAAGCUAUUACUGAUACGAAACCUCUAGGUGUACUACAACAAUUGAGAUUGUUAUGUCUUUCCAAGCCACCUCCAUUCGUGCCAAGAAAUACGGCUGUAAUAUUCGCAAAAAAGCGGUAUUUCCACAAUGCUUCUCCUCUGUACAAAUCGUGCAGUCUGCACUCGUUUCCAAUGGCGUCUAAUCUUGCAAGUUCGCCUGUGCGAAAGCGCGGUAGUGACAAUCACGUCCAAAUAUUCACGUUUGCUUACGUUUGA